CAUUCCACCCAUUCGCUUUACCCUGUACUUGUCAUAAUACGUGCAAAUUCUAUACUGGGUUAACUUGAGCUCCCCUUUACCUGCGCCUGUGUCCGGGACGCGUUGACAAGCUGUGCAAAGGGCCGUAUCGCCAGCUUUGGGAACGGAAUGUCGGUAUCCAUACAAGAGUUGGACAACACUGUCCAAGCCUUCUAUGAAGGCAAAGGAGAUCUGCAAAAGCAAGCCCAGCAGACACUGACAGAAUUCAAGCAAAAUCCGGAUGCCUGGUUAAUUGUAGGGAAUAUUCUCCAGGAGUCAUCGUAUCCACAGACCAAAUAUCUUGCUCUCCAAGUUCUUGACGAUGUAAUCAUGACUCGAUGGAAGGUUCUACCGAGAGAACAAUGCCUAGGUAUCCGAAAUUUUAUCGUUAACUUUAUCAUUGAAAACUCUAGCUCGGAAGAAAAGUUAAGGAGCGAGCGAGCGUUCUUGAACAAACUAAAUCUGGUUCUUGUUUCCAUUUUGAAGCAGGAAUGGCCUCACAAUUGGCCGACUUUUAUCAACGAAAUUAUCUCCUCCUGCCACACAAGCCUUUCCAUUUGUGAGAACAACAUGGCAAUCCUUCGCUUGCUAUCGGAGGAAGUGUUCGACUUCUCUCAAGACCAGAUGACCUCCGUAAAAGCAAGGAAUCUGAAGACUUCUAUGACACAGGAAUUCUCAUCAAUCUUCCAGUUGUGCUCCGAAGUGCUCAAUACCGCAAACCAACCUAGCUUGGUUAAAGCUACACUGGAGACCCUCCUACGCUUUUUGAACUGGAUUCCGCUGGGAUAUAUCUUUGAAACACCUAUCAUAAGUACCCUUCUGACACGGUUUUUGGACGUUCCCGAAUUUCGCAAUGUGACUCUCAAAUGCCUGACUGAAAUUGGCGGGUUACAGAUCGGUAACCCUUAUAAUUACGAUGAGAGGCUGGUACAUAUGUUUACAGAGACUUUGACGAUAGUUUCCAAGAUAAUCCCACUAUCAAUGGAUUUGAAACAGACAUAUGCCAAGAGCAACUCGCGAGAUCAAGAGUUUGUACUCAACCUUGCGCUCUUCCUUUCCAGUUUCUUCAGCGCCCAUCUCAAUGUUAUUGAAAAAUUACCAAAUCGUGACUAUCUCACUCAUGCGCACUUUUAUCUUAUUCGCAUUAGUCAAAUUGACGACAGAGAAGUUUUCAAGAUUUGCCUAGAAUACUGGACGCGUCUCGUGCAGGAGCUUUAUGAAGAGAUGCAGCAGCUCCCAAUUACCGAUAUCAAUCCUUUGGUGAGCAUGGGCGUCAGUGGCUUAUCUAACGGUGGAGCGCCUCAUCCCAGCACCUUGGCCAAUUACCCCCUCCGCAAGCACAAAUAUGAAGAAGUUUUAUCAAGCCUGCGUACAGUCAUGAUAGAGAAAAUGGUACGCCCAGAAGAGGUCCUGGUCGUCGAGAACGAUGAAGGUGAAAUCGUCCGCGAGUUCGUCAAAGAGAGUGAUACGAUCCAACUCUACAAGACAAUCCGGGAGUGCUUGGUCUACCUUACACAUCUCGACGUUGUUGAUACGGAGAAUAUAAUGAUCGAGAAAUUGGCUAAACAAGUCGAUGGGUCUGAAUGGUCAUGGGCCAACUGUAAUACCCUUUGCUGGGCUAUUGGGUCAAUCUCCGGAGCCAUGAACGAAGAGACCGAGAAGCGCUUUCUUGUUACUGUCAUUAAGGACCUAUUAGGUCUCACAGAAAUGAAGCGUGGAAAAGAUAACAAGGCUGUUGUGGCCAGUAACAUCAUGUACAUUGUGGGGCAGUACCCUCGCUUUUUGAAGGCUCACUGGAAGUUUUUGAAGACAGUUGUCAACAAGCUCUUUGAGUUUAUGCAUGAGACACAUGAAGGUGUUCAGGACAUGGCUUGCGACACCUUCAUAAAGAUCGCCAAUAAAUGCAGACGCCAUUUUGUUGCCCUUCAGCCUGGGGAAAACGAGCCAUUCAUUGAGGAAAUCGUUCGGAGCAUGAGGAAAAUUACUUGUGACCUUUCGCCGCAGCAGGUCCAUACAUUCUACGAAGCAUGUGGUUAUAUGAUCUCUGCACAGGGUCAAAAGGGCCUCCAAGACCGGUUGAUUGAGAAUUUAAUGUCAUUGCCUAAUUCUGCCUGGGAUGCUAUUAUAGGCCAGGCAAAUCAGGAUCCCUCGAUCCUCCAAGAUGGAGAAACGAUUAAGAUCAUUGGCAAUAUCAUGAAAACGAACGUCGCUGCCUGUUCGUCAAUUGGCACCUACUUUUACUCUCAACUAGGACGCAUUUACCAUGACAUGCUAAACAUGUUUCGAGCUUCUAGCCAGCUUAUUAGCGAUGCUGUUGUGCAGGAUGGAGAAAUUGCGACAAAAACACCCAAGGUCCGAGGACUUAGGACGAUUAAAAAGGAAAUCCUCAAACUCAUUGAUACUUACGUCCAGAAGGCGGACGAUUUAGAAAUGGUCAAUGCAAACAUGGUCCCGCCUCUGCUCGAGGCUGUGUUGGUGGAUUACAAUCGUAACGUUCCAGAUGCGCGCGAAGCAGAGGUUCUGAAUGUCAUGACAACUAUCAUCCACAAGCUUCAUAAUUUGAUGGAAGACAAGGUUCCCCUUAUCAUGGAGAGUGUGUUCGAAUGCACUCUAGAAAUGAUUAACAAAGACUUUCACGAAUAUCCGGAGCACCGGGUCCAAUUUUUCAAGCUGCUCCAAGCGAUCAACCUAUACUGUUUCCCAGCCCUGCUCAAACUUGAUGCUACACAAUUCAAGUUCGUAAUCGACUCUUGCAUGUGGGCCAGCAAACACGACAAUCGCGAGGUCGAGAACACGGGUCUUACGAUGUGCCUUGAGCUCAUGAAUAAUAUGGCCGAGACAGAUACUCAGACUUCGAAUAUCUUCUUCCGGCAAUUCUACAUUCCAAUCCUGCAAGAUGUUUUCUUCGUGCUCACCGACAGCGACCAUAAAGCCGGAUUCAAGUCUCAGGCGAUGCUCCUGUCGCGUAUGUUCUACUUCGUUGAAGCUGGAAAGGUGCAAGAUCCCAUUUACUCCCCGGAACAAGCACCACUAGGGACUUCGAAUAAGGACUUCCUCCAGGAAUAUGUUGCAAAUCUUUUGCAAAACGCAUUCAAGAAUCUACAGGAAAUUCAGAUCAAGCAAUUUGUCAUCGGGUUGUUUGCAUUUAAUGAUGAUUUCAAUAAAUUCAAGACUCAUUUGCGGGACUUUUUGAUCUCACUGAAGGAAUUUGCUGGGGACAAUGCAGAGCUCUACGCAGAAGAGAGAGAGCAGGCACUACGAGAUGCCAAAGCUGCAGAACGGGAUCGUGCCAUGAAAGUUGGGGGCCUUCUGAAACCAUCAGAAAUGGACCAAGAGGAUGAACUAUGA